CGGUACUUACCAACCAACUGAGCAAGCCCAGGGGGCACUACUGCUCAUAUUCCCACUUCUAUAAACCAACGCUACUUCCUCUCUCCUUUUUCGCACUCCCCUACCAACAGAUCGCCGGAGGCCUCCCGAUUUAUGUCUGCAGGUGUUGCUUUUGCGUCAUCGCACCGUCGGAUUCAUCUGUCCUCUCGGUCGGCCCCCGGAUUCAUGGUAUCGAGCGCAGAUUCGAUGCGAUCUGGUCUUGGAUCGAAGUCUUUCGGGUUUCUUCGGUGUUUCUUCUUCUUGCUCUUGUUUCGAGGAGGAACCCUACCUUGACGGUUGCCGUGCUGCCCUUUUUUGGUAUUUUUGGGGGGAAUUUUGCGGUUUGCUUCCGAGAUUUGUGUUGGAGUUGGGGUGGGGAUGGUGGGGGCUCGGAUUCAGCAGCUUUGGAGCCGGUACAGGAUGCGAAGGAGGAAGAAGAUGAAGAUAUUAGACAGACCCUUGAUCGUGGCGGCGAAGAAGAAGAUUGGACGGAAGUUGGAUGAUUUGGCGGAGGUCAGAUCGAGCCCAGUGAAGAAGAUCCGGGUUUUAUUCGUGGAUCCUGACGCCACGGACAGCGACGACGAGGGUUCUGAUUUGACGAGGAAGAACAAGCAGGUGGCACGCGAGAUCGCUGUGCAACCAAUCGCUAAACCCCUGAAAACCCUAGCGGAUCAGGAGGGGGAGGGGGAGAAGCAAGCGGCGGCGGUGGCUUCGCCCGCCGCUCCUUCCUGCAAGCACAAGGGGGUCCGCCAGCGGCGGUGGGGGAAGUGGGCGGCGGAGAUCCGCGACCCGAUCCGCCGCGCGCGCCUCUGGCUCGGCACCUUCUCCACCUCGGAGGAGGCCACCGCCGCUUACCGAGCCGCUGCGGCCCGUCUCGAGGAGGAGAAGCGUUGCCUCCGGCCGUCCAAGCCCGGUGCCGCCGUUGCGGAGGACUCCGCGUCCUCAUGCCUCUGCGUCCUAUCCCCUUCCUCAGUCCUACCGCCGGCCACGAAGUGGUGGACGCCAAAGGCCGACGAGGAGAAGUCCAUCGCAGAACUCUUCGCUGGGGAGGACCUCAUCGGGCUCGACGGCGAGGCACCGUUCCUGCUCGGCGAGCUCGGCGACGACUUCAUCGGCUUCGAUGGGCUCCCGCUUCGGGAGCUGCCACUGGACGGCGAAGAUCUACUCCUCGAUGUUUAGUCACCGUCCAUUCAAAAUGACACACACUCAACCCCUUAGAAGGUUUAAUUAAUAAUGUUAAUUGAGAAAUUAUGGUGCGUUUAUGAGGGUUUAAUAAUGUUAACAAUGGAUUAUGCAGUAGUUUUAUAGUUAUAUGGUCUGUUAUAUUCUAUAUUAUUCUUUAAUUAGUAUUAAAAUAGGGAGAGAGUGAGAGGGAUCUCAAAAAGUAAGCUGUAUUAUGUGACAGAUGCAUGCACUUAAUUAAAAUAAGUCCUAGUCAUCGCCUUGUGGAAUA